AUGAAGAACCCCAGCGUUGGGAAUGGAGGUCUGGGCUCCCGGCCGGCUCAGGGCGCCUUGGCCCAGGAGCCCCGGCAGAGGCAGCUGAGCAGCGCUGCCCCCAGGGUCACUGCCAGGGAGGAGGACAAGGGCCAGCAGGGCUCAGCCUCACACAGAGUACCAGGCCUCCCAGUGUGCCAGGCCAAAGAGAUGGAUCGUCCCAGCAGUCCUGGUCUUACAAGUGACAAAAACCUGAGGGACGGCUUUGGAAAGCAUGACGUUUUUGGGAGCUUGAAGUCUGCCAGAGAUUUACACGAUCCUUUGCUUCCAGUACCAGGCCUCCCACUGAGCCAGGCCAAGGAGACAGAUCAUCCCAGCAGUCCUGGUCUUACGAGUGACAAAGACCUGAGGGACGGCUUUGGAAAGAUCCGUGCUGCAUUGUGCCAGCUGGCUGAGAAGAACUUGGAGCCAGAGGAUGUGGAGAUUUUUGAGAAUGAGAUGAGGAAAAGGAGAGAAAAGAAUACAUCCUUGCAGCUGCCUCCACAGACAGUUGAGCCCAGGGAUGCAGCUGAAGCAAGCUUUGGCCUCCCACCUGUCAAUGGCACAGCUUUCAGUGAGCAGAGAAAACCCCCUGGUAAUGCCUUGAAGAAGGUCUUGAUGAAGCAGGACAAGGUGCCCUUACUGCCCAGUGUGCCCACCACCCAUGAAGAAGGCAGCGUCCCAUGCAACUCCUCAGUGACCUCGCCGGCGGCCCCCGGUGCCCAGCGCCGAGAGGAGCUGCUCCGUGGGCACGGGCACAAGGACACGGCCUGUCCUGACCCACAGCAGGCCCUGCUCCAGGCACUCUCCUCGCUCGGCAGCGAUGACUGGGAGAAGAAGGAGAAGGGACUUGUCAGCCUCAAACACCUGGCUGGGUCCCAUUCAGAAGUCCUGCUCUCAAGACGUCAUGACAAUUGCUUGGCAGUUACCAGCGAGGUGAGAACAUUGUUCUGGAUUGUCCCCUGUACUUCAUGCACGGUGUGUAGAGUAGAUAUGUGCUUGUUCAUCUCCAUGUGUGCUCAGGGACUGCCUUCAUUUCUGUUUUUAGACUUUAUAUUUCUAAUGUCUGUCAGCUGUCUAUAG